AUGCUUUUUAUAAUAGGCUUAGGUUUAUCUGAUGAAAAAGAUAUUACGAUAAAAGGUCUUGAAGCAAUAAAAUCAUGCGAACGAAUAUAUUUAGAGGCAUAUACCAGUAUCUUAAUGGUGUCCCAAGAGAAAUUGGAAGAAUUAUAUGGAAAAAAGCUCAUAUUAGCAGAUAGAGAAAUGGUAGAGUCACAAAGUGAUGACAUCUUGUUAAAUGCCGAUAAAAUAAAUGUAGCAUUUUUAGUGGUAGGAGAUCCGUUUGGCGCAACGACACAUGCGGAUUUAAUUAUAAGGGCAAAAGAACUAUUAAUUCCAAUCCAAACAAUACAUAAUGCUUCAAUAAUGAAUGCAGUUGGUGCUUGUGGAUUACAAUUAUAUAAUUUUGGUCAAACUAUUUCUAUACCUUUUUUUACCGAUAAUUGGAGGCCUGAUAGUUUUUAUGAUAGAAUUAAAGAGAAUAGAAAUCUAGGUUUACAUACUCUUUGUUUACUAGAUAUUAAAGUAAAAGAACAAAGUAUAGAAAAUUUAGCAAGAGGUAGGAAAAUAUAUGAAUUUCCACGUUAUAUGACUAUCAACCAAGCAAUUAUGCAAUUACUGGAAAUCGAAGAAAAUCGCAAACAAAAUGCCUAUACAUCUGAAACUCUGGCAAUAGGUAUUGCGCGUCUUGGUUCUUUAACAGAACAAAUAAUUAAAGCUGGUACAUUAAAUCAAUUAUUAUCUGAAGAUUUUGGUCCUCCAUUACAUUCUCUUAUCAUAGUAGGAAAUAGAAUGCAUAUUUUAGAAGCUGACUACAUAAAAUAUUUUGUAGCUGAUAAAAACAAAUUCGAUGAAAUUGUAAAAAGAGAUUAUAAAAUAUAA